GUACAAGCACAUCAGCCGAGUGCAGAGGGCUAUAAAUAGUACCUACCAGCGUAGCAUAGACACGACUCCAUUUCACCUGAUGGUUGGUAUAAACAUGAGAUGUAAAGAAGACCUGGAAAUAUUGGAUUUACUAAGACAAGAAGAGAUUGAUCAAUAUGAUGAACAGAGAGAAGACAUUAGAAUGAAAGCUAAGCAGCAAAUACUUCAGGUACAGGAGGAAAAUAGGAAGACUUUCAAUGAGAAGAGGAAACCAAGUUCUCAAUACAAAGAAGGAGAUUUGGUGGCCAUAAAGAGGACUCAGUAUGGACCGGGUUUGAAGCUGAAACCUAAGUAUCUAGGACCGUACCGGGUGACGAAGGUUAAGCGGAAAGAUCGUUACGACGUAGAGAAGAUGGAUACUGCUGCUGAAGGGCCUAAUAAGACGUCCAGCUCAGCUGAUCAAAUGAAGCCGUGGCCUAAUUAGGUAAAGUAUCUUGCUAUUUUAAAUAAGAGGUGAUGAAUGAAAGAAUUUGUAAAUUAAAAACCAUUUUUAUUACAAUUGUUACGGUCAUUCAUUAUUGUAUAUUUUAUUUCACUAAAAUGUAAAGUUUAUUGUAGUUCAUGUUUCACCAACUGAUUUGAUUAAUUAUAAAGAUGAACAAUAUUUCAGUUUUAUAAACAUUGGUGUGUUUAGAACUUGAAUAUCUUAAGACUUGAUAUUGAGUAACCUGAAAUUAAAGAUUUCAAAUUAUUUCUAUAAGAUUAAUAAAUAAGAUGAUAUACACUAUCUUAGAUGUAAAGUGUUUAAGACUAAGUUGAAAGAUUGAUUUAUAAUAAGAUGAUAACUGUAAAAUGGGUAAAAGUGUAAAAUGAGAUGUGUACUAUGUAAGGAGUCAAAAAUCUAAAAAAUGUCAAGGAUUUCAUGUAAAUUGUAAGAAUAGUAGUUUACCGUUAGUUGUUUAUUUAAGUAGUUAUUUUCAAAGUUUGCUUUGUGUAAGAAGUUAAAUGUUUGAGAGUUUGAGUUUUAAACUAUUGGAUGCUUGAAUAAGUUUUUAUUUGCAAAGUUAGCUAUGUAUAAAGUUUAAGAUGUUGUUGUUAGGAGAUGUAACAGUUUAAUGAGUUGAGUAUUUACUAAGUUUAAUGAUGUUUAAUGAAAGUUAGUGUUUGUAGCCUAAGGUUGUCUGAGGACAGACAAAGACAGGAUUGCCGAGAGUGUAGGAUUGUAAUAUCUAUGGCGUAAAUACUCCAUUGUCUUAAACUCUUUGGAUGUACGAACGAGUGUGAGCGAGACGAAUGUACGGAGAGUGAGAGAGAAGGAAGGAGAGGGGUCAUGGCGGCAAGACGGUUAAGAGUAAGUGUGGCUCUGUAAUAUUUAAAAGAAGAUUAAACAUAUUAUUGGAAGAAACUGAUUUUCCUUGCGAAGCCCCGUCCCUACAUAAUUAUAAAA